CCUGGCUUGCCGUAUUGCGAAAAGGGGUGGGACAAGAAAAAGGUCACGGAAGUGGUGCAUGCUGGGAGAACACGUGGAUAUUGGUUCGAUCUCACUGGAGAAGUUGUUUUGAUAUUGCUCCGACGACUUAGCCAUCAUGGCUUCCAAAAAGGACCAAAGCGCCGAUGUCCGCUUCCAAAAAGUGAAAAAGGACCCCCGCUUCUGGGAAAUGCCAGAGAAAGAGCACAAAAUCAAGAUUGACAAGCGCUUCCAGUCCAUGUUCCACGACGAUCGCUUCAAGCUCAAGUACACGGUCGACAAGCGCGGCCGACCCGUCAACCACACCUCCUCUGAGGACCUGAAACGUUUCUACAAUCUCUCUGACUCUGAGGGGGAAAGGGAGGAUGGAAAGGAUAAAGAGGAGGAGGAGAAGAAGAAAAAGAAGACCCAAGCGAAGUUGGGCUCUGUGGAGGGAGAGGAUAAGGUAGUGGAUGAGCCUAAAAAGCCUCUGAAGAAAGGAAAAGCUUCACAGUCCAUAAAGAGUGGACCUAAAGGAGACCAGCCUAUCAAAGGAGUCAGACUGUGUGAGGAGGGUGAGGAAGAUGACAAGGUGCCUCACGUUGAGGGGGACGAUGUGGACCAGGCGGCCAGCAUCUCAGACGGCAGUGAGGAUGAGGAAGACGAUGACGAGGAUGAAGCAGAUGUGGAGAGUGACGUGGAGAGCGGCUCCGAGGACGAGUCCGGUUCAGAGUCAGAUGAGGACAGUAACAGCAGCGGGCCUGAUCUGGCCAGGGGGAAAGGCAAUGUGGAGACCAGCUCGGAUGAGGACGACGAUGACGAUGAUGAUGUGGAAGCCAUCUUGAAACGUGAGGAGGAGGAGAUCCAGCACGACUGGGGCGAGCUGUGCAAGGACGCGCCGCGGAGUGAGGAGGUAACACAAAGGCUGGCCGUGUGUAACAUGGAUUGGGACCGGAUGAAAGCCAAGGACCUGCUGGCUCUGUUUAACUCCUUCAAGCCUAAAGGAGGGGUUGUGCUCUCUGUGAAGAUCUACCCCUCAGAGUUUGGGAAGGAGCGGGUUCAGCAGGAACAGACCCAGGGUCCCCUGGAGCUGAUGGCCCUGUCGGAGGAUCCGGACAAAGACACAGAGGAGGAGAUGAUUUACAGAGAGAAGAUGCGGGACUACCAAUUCAAGCGGCUAAAGUACUACUAUGCGGUGGUGGAGUGCGACUCGCUUGACACAGCUGCUAAAAUCUACCAGGAGUGUGACGGCUUUGAGUACGAGAGCAGCUGCUCCAUCCUGGACCUGCGGUUUAUCCCUGAUGAUGUGACGUUUGACGAGGAGCCAAAGGACUUAGCCGCAGACGUGGACCUGUCUGCCUACACCCCCAAGCUCUUCACCUCCACAGCAGCAGCCACGUCAAAGGUGGAGUUGACCUGGGACGAGACAGACCAUGAGCGUGUCACUGCCAUGAACAGGAAGUUCAACAAGGACGAGCUGCUACAGAUGGAUUUCAACGCCUACCUGGCCUCCUCCAGCGAUGAUGAGGAUGGAGUGGAGAUGGAGAAGGAAGAGGAGCUUCCAGAGGUUAAACAGCCAGAAGAGGCCAGCAAGGAGGUGGAGAAGAAGGUCAGGAAAGGGAAGCAGAGCAGCGGUAAGCAGAUAGAGAAAUACAGAGAGAUGCUGAAGAGCAUCCAGGAGAAAGACCAGAAGAAGGAGGACAAGGGCAUGGAGAUGGAGAUCACAUGGGUGCCAGGACUGAAGGAGACAACUGAACAGUUGGUGAAGGAGAAGCUAGAAGGAAAGGACAAGCUGACACCCUGGGAAGAGUUCAUUGAGAAGAAGAAGGACAAGAAAAAGCAGAAAAAGACCAAAGGAAAGCAGGAAUCUGAUGAUUCGGACCUCAGUGGCGAUGAGCUUCCUGCAGACGUGGACUUUGAUGACCCGUUCUUUGCUGAAGAGCUUGGUUCUAUGGAUCUGAAAAAGAAAGCAAAGAGCAAGAAAAACAAAAAGGUGGAGGAGAGGACAGCUGAAGAGGAGGAGGAGUUGGAGAAACAAAAGGCUGAGAUGGCCCUGCUCAUGGAUGACGACGACAAGCACAAACACUUCAACUACGACAAGAUCGUAGAGGAGCAGAACCUGAGCAAAAAGAAGAGGAAGAAGCUUCUGAAGAAGGACAACACCAGCCUGGAGGAGGACGACUUCCAGGUGGAUGUGAAGGACCCUCGUUUCCAGGCCAUGUUCACCUCCCACCUCUACAACCUGGACCCGUCCGACCCGGGCUACAAGAAGACCAAGGCCACCCAGAGCAUCCAGGUCGAGAAGCAGCGGCGAAGGGAGGAGCGCCAGCGCGACCAGGACGAGGCACUCAAGAGCUCACAGGCCCCGCCCGCACAGGAAGUGGGAGCAAAGAAACAGGAAACCGAUGCCAGUGGCCAGGCGGUGGCUGAACCCACCAAGAAAAUGGACCCCGGACUGUCCAUGCUCAUCAAGUCUAUUAAGAACAAAACGGAGCAGUUUCAAGCACGAAAGAAACAGAAGACCAUAUAGAUAUUUUUAACUGGACUAUUGAGGACUACGUUUCUAGGUGAAAAGCCAUGGACUGCUCUUAACCAGCAGCUAUGUGCAGCGGCCUUACGCUACACUAUCUCUUUGUGAUGAAGAUACUGUUGGUGUGUGUGAGGCCUGAGACAAAAGCCUUGCCCACUUUUAUUGUGAACUAUCACUCUACAAAAGAGGCCUAAUCAGGAACACAAAGUUGAAGAUAGAAUAGUUUGUGUAUUUGAAUGUGAAAAUAUGCUAAUUAACAUUGAGACACUUGUAUAAACCAUGUUCUGAGGGACUGCCAACAGUAAAUGGUGGUUUGAUACAUCUCUGAAUAGUAUUUUUUUUACUCUUGAUUUACAUUAUACAAACCUGCUCUAUAGCCCCAGUCUGAGCCCUUUAAAAUACUUAUUUUAUGUAAAAAGACACUUCACACAAUUUUAGAGAACUGGUUAAUUGUAUUUUCUAUAUGCAACAACAGUACAUUCAUUGGUCCAUUGAUACCGUCAACCUCACAGCAUGGCAACAUUCUCAUUGGAACCUCAUUCUUCAACAAUUCAUACUGAUUCAUUCAUUUUUUUUAAAAGCCCUAAAUGAAUGUACCGGUAAGCGAGAUACAAAAAGGCUGUCCCGUUUGAAAAGAGGACCAAUAGUAGUGCAAAAAAAAGUUAGCUAUAUACUGAGAUGGCAACAUACUCAUGUAUCUUAAACCUCAGCACAGGUUUACAUUGCGUUUUUGUCUUGUUCUCAGUUUUAUUCAUCUCACAGAAAACCCAAGGGGAUACUUGGAUUGAGGUAACAAUAUUAACAAUACAAAAUCUUUAGAAAUUGCACCAUCAAAAUGUUUAACAAUUUAUCAAGUUACAAAGUACAAAAAUAUUUGAUUAUACAUUAAGUAUCCUCUAUAUCAAUGUCGAGUUUCUUGCACAGGUUGAAAUAUUUUGUUUUCAAGUUGUAGUGUUU